AGUAUCAAGGGAUGUUUGGGAGAGAACGUUCGUCGCGAUUUCGUGGUCCAGAUUCGUAGAUCGCGGCAAAAUACGAUGAGUUCGCAAUUCGUUGAGAGUUUUUCCCAAUGCACCAGGAAAAAAAUGUAAAUAGGGCUUGAAAUGGGGCUGUGGCUCACUCUGUCAUGGCUGAUGUUGGGUGGACUAACCCCUCCAACCCCGAUUUGGGGCAACCCUGACGCGAAGAGACUUUACGACGACCUACUCUCGAAUUACAACCGACUCAUCAGGCCCGUGGGCAACAACUCCGAUCGACUCACCGUGAAAAUGGGCCUUAGACUUUCACAACUCAUCGAUGUGAACUUGAAGAACCAAAUAAUGACAACGAACGUUUGGGUUGAACAGGAAUGGAACGACUACAAGUUGAAAUGGAAUCCUGAUGAUUAUGGUGGUGUCGAAAUACUUCAUGUUCCUUCUGAACACAUUUGGCUUCCAGACAUUGUCCUUUACAAUAAUGCGGAUGGAAACUAUGAAGUAACGAUAAUGACCAAAGCAAUUCUUCACCAUACGGGUACAGUUGUGUGGAAGCCACCUGCCAUCUAUAAAUCAUUCUGCGAAAUUGAUGUCGAGUACUUCCCCUUCGACGAACAAACCUGUUUCAUGAAAUUCGGCUCGUGGACUUAUGACGGAUACUUGGUUGACUUGAGGCAUCUCAAGCAAGCCCAGGACUCUAAUAACAUUGACGUCGGAAUCGACCUACAGGAUUAUUACAUAUCAGUAGAAUGGGACAUAAUGAAGGUACCAGCCGUGCGAAAUGAGAAGUACUAUAGUUGUUGCGAAGAAUCCUAUCCCGACAUCAUUUUCUAUAUUACCCUGAGAAGAAAAACACUGUUUUACACUGUAAAUUUAAUCAUACCGUGUGUAGGAAUAUCAUUUCUUUCCAUUUUAGUAUUUUAUUUACCGUCAGAUUCAGGAGAAAAAGUAUCUUUAUCAAUUUCCAUUUUGUUGUCCCUCACUGUAUUCUUUUUGCUACUGGUGGAGAUAAUUCCACCAACUUCCAUAACAGUGCCUCUGCUAGGUAAAUAUUUGCUUUUCACCAUGUUGUUAUGCACACUGUCAGUAGUGGUCACCAUAGCAGUCCUAAAUGUAAAUUUUCGAUCACCCGUCACACACAAGCUAGCACCUUGGGUUAAGGUUUUUUUUAUUGAAUUUUUACCGAAAUUCCUCUUCAUCGAACGUCCUCGGAAAGAAGACGAUGACAGAAGUCAAGACAGCAUGUUGACUGAUGUCAUUCAAGUUCCGAUGAUAGAUAAUUGCAAACCAUACGAAAAAGCCUCGUUCGAUAGCUUCGAUUUAGGUCUUCCACCCCCUAGGUUUGAAGUACCUCACAGCGGGGGCUUGGGUUCUUGUUUUGGAGAACCCCCGUUUCCAUUACCUCUUACGGGAGGUGAUGAAGAUCUGUACAGUCCUGCAAGUUGUAGGACAAAUACCUUCGAUGGUACUAGCGAUAUAAGUCCAUCGUUCGACAAGAUGGAUAUCCAUGAUAUGGAAAAAACAAUUGCCGAUUCCAGAUUUAUUGCUCAACAUGUUAGGAAUAAGGAUUCAUUUGAAAAUGUUGCCGAAGAUUGGAAAUAUGUAGCAAUGGUGCUCGACAGACUAUUUUUGUGGAUUUUCACAUUGGCUUGCAUCGUUGGCACUGGCAUAAUAAUCUUCAACGCUCCAUCUUUGUACGACACUACGAAACCUAUCGACGUACUCAUUUCGAAAGUGGCGAAAAAGAAAAUGGCGUUACUCAAAAUGGUUCCCGAGGAACUUUAAAUCACUCACAGAUUUUAUUCAGCUGUCUAUUUUUUACUAUAAAAAAACCAUUAAAAUAAAUAAAAAUCACGAAAUAGAAAUUAUAUACGUACGAGUAUAGAGGUUUUUUUUAUGUUUGUAAUAAAUGAAUUUUUGUUUUGUUCAAAUUUCUUUUAUUGAUAUCAAAUUCCAAAAUUUGUCAGCACAACAAACAUAGAAAAUAUUUCAUUAAAAAAUUCAUCUAUUACCCAUACACGUGGCACAUUAGACACGUGACACGUAGAAAGUUAUAGUCUGUUUUAAUGAAUGAGAGAGUAAUAAAGAGAUAAAGCAUUCGUAAUCCAUAUCGUAUCACGUCUCUUAGUAUACAGUUAAACACAUGGUUCACGUAAGCCCACAAUUAACUGUCUUUUUCCAGUUCACACUUUAUUUACAGCUGUUUAACGUCACUAAAAAAUAUCAUUUCUCCCCGAUUUUCUACAAUUUCAUCAAUUUUCUUUUCUAAAACAAAUAAUACAGUUCUUUUCUUGUAGAAUCGUGUUUUAACUUCUUACAUACGUGAAUUGGUACGUAGUAUUUGCCAGCUAGAUUAUCAACGUUUUCGUAGUGGGAUUGUGGCAAGAUUAAAGACCAAAGUGUACUCUAAUAUAUUCCGAGCUUUGGAAUACUUAUGUAUUCAUCGUCUGGUUAGUUAAGAAUUGCGGUAUGAUAAAUUUUUUAAUAUCUCCUAAAAAACAAAUUGACACUUGAUGAAAAUAUUAAGCGUAUUGAUUUUUUGUAUCAAGCGUCAGAUGUUUCUUAGAAGAUAUAAGUUCGAAAUAUAUUAGAGUUAGUACACGUUGGUGUUUAAUUUUGCCACAAUCCCACUAAUAAAACUCUCACAUUCUUAUAUACUAUAUUCUUUGAAUGAUUCAAUCUUUUUAUCGAACCUUUUCAAUGUUUAUUAAACGAUGAAAGCUUGUUAAAAGUAGUGUCAAUACUUAUAGAAAAAAAAGAAGAAUGAUGUAUCACAAUUUCAAAAAUUUACCAACCAGGAUUUAUACUGCACAUUAAUUUUAAUUUUGAAUGAAUUAUUAGAUUAAAUUUGGAAUCUGAUAUAUCAAAUUCAUUUUGUCAUUUGAAUUAUUUGUUAAUUAAACUGGAGCACUUUGUUGAGAACGUUGUAAUGUUGUAAUGUCUAUUGUCUAUAAAAUAUUAAGAAAUAGGAGUUUGGGAAUCAAAAAAUAUUAUAAAAUAUGACAUUUUACUGAUGAAAAACCACACUAGAAUGAAUCAAAAUCAUUAGUUUUCAAAUAUUUAAUCAUAAAAUCAUAUUGUGGCAAUGUUUGUAAUACGUACAGGGUUAUUCGCUAGAAGUUACUGAUUACUAUUGAUACAAAAGAAGAAUAAAAUGUUUGUGGUUGGGGUUGGGUCAUAUAUCAUCUAUUAAAAUUAACAAAUUCAUUCAUUUUGAUUUCUCUAGUCAAUCACAAGGAUAACAGUGGUUAAUGAUUACAAAAAUUGCUUGAUCUAAGAUAUGUUUGUUAUAAAAUAAUUGUUUAAAAUAUUCCAAUUGUUAUACUUUCUGUUAAGUAAUGAAAAUUUAAAAAAUAAAUAAAAUACCAGCAAAUAAAUGUUUACUAUUUAUUGACAGCUGUAUAGAAAUCGUAUUUAAUGUCAAAUUCUCAGUACUUGAAUAAUAAUUUCGUAUCUUUUAUUUGCAUUGUUUGCAGUUUAAAGAUAACUUUAAUUUCAAAUCCCACAGUACAUUUAAUUAAUUUUAUAAACUAUAUCUCUUAUAUUAUUUCGAAAUCAUUGUGACAAAAAUGAAUAUGUACUCUGACUAGUCUCACAAAGAACGCACCAGAAAUUUAUAUCCACGUGCAAAAAAAUCUGACAAUCACUCAGCCAGCUGUAAUAAGGUCAUCAACUUUCUACCCUAAUGAAGCAGAACAUCCCCGAGACUUCCACUGAAGCACUACAUUACUUUUAGUCAUACUCUGCACAACUAUGAAUUUGUUCAAUCAAUUAUUUGUCUGCUAAUACUUCUUCAAAUGGACAGAUUGAUUUUAGGAGACGCACAGUAUGAUUUGAUGACUUCCCUUAUGAAAUCUUUGUACAGUACAUUUCACAAGUAGAUAUGGACGAUGCGGAACAGGACCUCUUAUUACAGGACAAUUUACAAAGUGGUAUUUAGUCUUGUUUUGUUAUCUUCAUAUAGAAAUUUGUUUUUUCUUGAUUUAUUUCUACGCCAACUUUUCCUACUUCUGUUUACAGUUUGUUGUCCAUAUGUGUCCAGUCUUGUUUGACUCAUUUCUUCGUUUUUUAUUUCUUCUGUUAGUGUUUCCCAGAUAUAGUGUCAAUACAUUACUAAUAACAAAUUGCUAUUGAAAUUUUAAUUUCUGUGUACUAUUAUUCAUUAUGCACUAUAUUAUGUAUAAUUAAAUUACUCAUGAGGAUUUUAUUCAUUUUGGUAUUGUUGAUAUAAAUAUCAUAGUUGGGAUUUUAACUAAUAUCCCAGGAUAAUAGGCAGUUGGCUGAUGGCGCGCCACGCAUACAUAUUCUCCUGGAGUAUUAGCUAAAUACAAUAGAUUAUUCGUCGAAAAAUGACCAAGCGUUUGUCUAUUCUCCUGGGACUUUAGCUAAAAUUCGGAUAAUUGAAUAUCUAUUGAAAAAGGCUUAUCUGCUGUUCUAUACUUCUAGCGAAAGGGCCAAUACCGAAGCCAAAUUCAAUUCUCUCUCAUUGUCUCCAGAUUCAUCAGUCGUGCUGUCGCUUCUGUCGAACAUACAGUGUCUUGUCCAAUUUUGUAAAUUAUUAAUCAGUUUAACUGAAAAGUCAUUUGUAAAAACUCUUUAGAAUGGAGAAGAUCAUUGAUGAUCGUGAAAAUUUUGAAAAGAAGCUGAAAGAAUUUUAGCUAAAGUCCCAGGAGAAUAGAUAAACGCUUGGUCAUUCUUCGACGAAUAAUCUAUUGUCCGGUAUUUAGCUAAUACUCCAGGAGAAUAGGUAUGGGAUAUUAGCUAAAAUCCCAACUUGUCUAUUGACCUACGACAUAAAUAUACCUGCAGAUUGCGCGCCAAAAAGUCAGUUUCGAUGCUGCAAUAACGUUUUGAUGAUUCAGAGCAGUGUUCGGCCAUGUUUACAUGUAAUAAAUCAUAUUUUUUGCGUCGAUAUGUGACAAUUGAUGAAACAUAGAUCCAUCACUUCACUUCAGAAUCAAAACGAUCAUCAUCUGAUUGGACUGCAGCCGGUGAACCACAUCCGAAGCUUCCCAGUCAGUUGGGAAGGUUAUGGAUUCAGUAUUUUAUUGUUCAUUGACUAUCUCCAGAAUGGAGAGACAAUCAAUACCCUAGGUGUGUUCUGUGGUCUCUGUGUGUCUCCAUCUUUUCGUAACUCAAUCGAUAUUUUCAAGGCUUAAAUCGUCGUUCGUUGUUGCUGAAUAUUGAGCACUCAAUCGGCAGCUAUGCUAACUGAAACUUUCUAUGAGAUAUUUGAAUAAAAGUUGCGAUUAGUAUAAUCCGGAAGUGUCCCGCUUAAUUUGAGGCGAUUGGUAAUCUUAAGCUGGAAUAAAUAUGACAUUAAAAUCUACUAAUUUAUCUAAAAAAUCAUUCAAUUGAAAUUAUUUGUUUUGUUUAUUAAACUGAUUCAUAGAGUAAAAAAAGAUUCUUGUUCAAAAAUAAUUUUGUGGCUACUGUCUCAAUUUAAAAUACGUAUUUUAAUUAAUAAAUAAUUAGAGCUUGUGCCUUAUAUAAUAUUCAGAAGUUUUUUGUACACGACAUGUUAUUAACACACUAUUUUCUCACAUCUUAGUAGUUCAAAUUUGAGAAGCACUUUUAAAUAUCAAUAAUGACAUCAAAACUCCAGAUUCUGUUUAUUCGAAAUGAUUUUAAUCAAAUUGGAGACCAGUCACAAUGCAUAUUAAUCUUAUUUUAAAUAAUCUUCAUUGUUAUUAUUUUUAGGUGUUCAUAAACUAUUAUUGUAGGUAUUCAAAAUUUGACAAAAGCAGAAAAGUCGCCGUUGCAAGACUAAAAUUGCGAUACCGAUGAUAAUCACUAACAUAGUAAUUGUUAUGUUAUGUAAUUGAUAAAUCAAUAAUAUUAUAAUGUUAAUAAUUGUUUCAUUUGUAAGAAAUAACAUGUAGACGAGUCGAUUAAUAAAAUUUUCUUAUUAAGUAAA